AUGGAGCGCAUUAAAGUCAACCCCAUCAUUCCUGGGUUUGCUCCCGACCCUUCCGUCACCUACGUGGACGGCACCUACUUCCUUGUCAACUCCAGCUUCCACAUGUUCCCGGGCCUGCCACGCUCGAUGACUCGGCUGGUCGGCCCUGAUGAGGAUGGUAUCAAGAUAGCCGCCCAGGGAGGGCUCAUGGCUCCCACGAUCAGAUACCACAAGGGUACCUUUUACAUCGUCUGCACCAAUAUUUAUCAGAAGGAGCCGCCCGCUGGAAAGCACGGCUGUCGAAACUUCAUUUUGUCAACCACCGAUAUCUGGGCCGACGAAUGGAGCGAUACGGUCUUCUUCAACUUCCAAGCAAUCGACACCAGCUUAUUCUGGGACGACGACGACCCGCGUUUCGAGAUCGAUGUCAAGACCGGCAAAGACCUCUCCGAAAGGAAGAUGCUCUGGGAGGGUAUCACGAAGGUGUACCCCGAGGGUCCGCACAUGUAUAAGAGGGAUGGAUGGUACUAUCUUCUUAUCGCUGAAGGCGGCUGUUUUGCAGACCACCAUGUCAUUAUGGCUCGGUCGCGAGAUAUCUGGGGUCCGUAUGAAGUUAACCCAGCGAACCCGGUGCUACCGAAAGCGGACCCUGAUGGAUACAUCCAGUACACAGGCCACGGAGACCUCUUUCAGCAUCCUUCGGGACAAUGGUACUUUGCAUGCCUCGGUGUACGCAAGAAUAACGGGCGUUUCAUCAUGGGACGCGAGUCCGUCCUUACUACGGCCUCGUGGAACCAAGGGGAAUUCCCGGUCAUUGACGCCGUUCAGAUCGACGUGCCCCUUCCAACAGACCAAAACCUUUGCCCUUCCAAACUUCCUGUCGCGAGAAAGCUUGGACGUCCAGACGUCGCGUAUCUCCAGAUCCGCGACCCCGUGACGGAACAUUAUGAACAUGAUGGAAGCAGUGUCACUUUGACAUCCAGCACAGCGGACCUGAACCAGGACAACGAGCCGGUGACGUUCAUUGGAAAGCGUCAAAGGAGUCUUCAUGGCAUGUCUUCCGCAACGCUCGAGGCUCUGGAUAGCUCCGGCAUAAAAGACUCUCGACUCAAGACAGGUCUAUGCUAUUACAAAGACGAGCACCGAUAUGCUCGUGUCUUUAUUGACGUCGACUCCAAGAAUAUUGUCUUUGAGGUUAUCAAUAGGGCCCGUUCCAUUGAACGAACAUUAUCUCAAAGCAUUAGCGCGUCGGCCAACGACAAGAGGAUAGUAUUUGGGAUAGACUACACGGAACUCUAUCUUGCCUUUUGGUAUUCUCUCGGGGAGGACGGGACGAGGCGAGAGAUGGGCGCAAUAGACUCCCUAGAUAUGACUGGACAUGACUUUGUGGGGCCUGUCAUUGGUGUGUUUGCGAUUAGCAAUAACCAAGUCAAGGUCAGAUAUCUAGAUAUUACAGUGGCAUAG